AUGAGCCAACUAGGAGACUAUAACGACCUCGGCGAGGACAUCAUACCGGCGGGUACCCCCUCCGACAACAACAUCCCACACCGCAUCCAACAGCACCCUGAGAUUGCCCGAUUGUCUCAGGAUCUAGAAAAAAACCCGUCAAACCUUGACAUCGAGGGACCAGAGCUUUCUCGCCUGAAGGGAGAAGGCAUCGAUGUGCCGAUGGCGCGUCUCGGUGGGCUCGAUCUGAACUACAAGAUCUGCCAAAUCGAAGAAGAUCUCUCGGCUCUUCGGGAAACAUCCGCAGAAAUCGACAGCGAUGCGGCGGCGCAGGAAUGUACCAAAUUGAAAAGGUGUCGAGACUCCCUGGGUCAAACAGUGUUCCAGAAGAGGUCCCGUAUUAUCGAGCAUCUCAACGUGGCGAGCCUCUGGGGACCUUGUGCCAGGACCAUAGCCCAGGGUAUGGAGACCUACUACGGCAGGUUUGAUAGAUACCAGACGAAGUCCCUGGGAAUCAGUAACUGGUUCCGCGAUAAAGCUCUGCUGUACUACGGAGGGCAAUCUUGCCAAUACCAGGCCGCAGAAAUCUCCAGGACGGACACCGAGAUGGCAAAUCUUUUGGCCGAAUCCUACGAACACUGCUGGUGUCACGCCACCGGCUCGUGGACGCAUCUAGAAGAAACACCAGAUGACGAGCAUGCUCAACCCCUGCCUCAGCGCUAUGCCGCUGCGAACAUUGUGCCGUAUUCCUCGAACGUACCUCAUGAGAUCUUGGAUCACCUUUUCCGUGAGAGAACGGGCGAAUCGAGCGGGCCGGUGAAUUCACUUUCACUUUCGACGCUGAUCCAGUAUUGGUUCAACCAUUAUAAGCUAGUCAUUGUCCCUGUUGAUCCGGAAGAAAAGCCACUCAAACGAUGGAAGAUCGACAUCCUCGACAAGGGCAUAGAAGAUGACCCCCUUCACGACGUAAUCUCCACACCUGGCGGGGAUAGACCUCGCAUAGCUAGAGGUCUUUAG